AUGUCAUAUACUAAAGGAGGCAAUGCAGGAAAAAGAUUAGGCAGAAAUGGGCUGAUUGCUGUUGCCAUUGACAAGGAUAAAUCCAGUCAGUAUGCUCUUAGAUGGGUUGUUGAUAAUCUGCUUGUUAAAGGCCAGACUGUGAUCCUCAUUCAUGUUUUGCACAAGAACUCAGCAUCAGGUGGAAACACGGGACCAGUCUAUGAUCUUAAUGUAGCAAAUAAGCAACAGCUCGAAAAGCAAGCUAAGGAGUUGUUCCUUACCUUUCAUUGCUUCUGUACACGAAAAGAUAUACAAUGCUAUGAUGUUACUCUUGAAGACAAUGACAUAGCAAAAGCCAUAACGGAGUACGUUUCUCAUGCAGCAAUCGAGAAUUUGGUGUUUGGCUCAUCAAGACAUGGCUUUAUCAAGAGGUUAAAAACUAUUGAUACCCCUACCGCUGCACUAAAAUCUGCGCCGGAUUUCUGCACCGUUUAUGUCAUCUCAAAGACAAAGAUCUCGCAGGUGCGAAAUGCUUCCCGAGUAGCUCCAUUCGCGUCUCCCAUUUUCAAUGAUGUAAACCCACCUCAAGAUCAGUUUAGUAACGUGUCUUCUUCUCCUGAUGCACGUCCCAAGCAUAACUUGAGCAUUAGAGAACCGGUGGUGACUCCUCGGAGGGCUUUCCCCGCCCGAGAUUUUGACAGCGAGAUGCUUAGGUCACCUUUUGCUAGAGCUAGAGGUUUACAUGGGAAACUUCAUGCGGACCUGUCAGAAACAGAAUCUGAUAUAUCGUUUAUAAGUUCUGAGAGGCCAAGUGUUGAUCGGAUGUCUGGGAUGUUUGAUGGCCUAGAUUCAGGUCGAACUUCUCGAAUCUCAACCAGUUCAGAAAGUAGUUUUGGUUCGGGGAGGACUCAUUCAAAGGCCAGCGACAUAAGUUCUUUCAACGAUUUCUCAUCAUCCUCUAUUGAAAAUGAUGAUGUAGAAGCUGAAAUGAGACGAUUAAAGUUCGAGCUACAAAAAACAAUGGAGAUGUAUAGUACAGCCUGCAAGGAAGCUUUAACUGCAAAACAAACGGCAACAGAACUCCACCGUUGGCGAAUUGAAGAAGAACAGAGAAUAAAGGAGGCUAGAAGAACUGAAGAGGCUGCAGGAAAAUCUCACUCUGAGAUAAGUAUUAGGACUCCAGAAGCAUCCCAAAGAAGUGGUGAAUUCGAUUCAAGAAGCCGGCUAAGUGAGGGGAAGAGUGCGAUUGAAGAAGACGAGGACCAUCAUAGAACAAAUUACAUUGUUCGAUACAGAAAGUACACUAUUGAGGAUAUCGAAGAAGCCACUGAGAAUCUGAGCGAAUCUUACAAGAUUGGUGAAGGUGGGUAUGGUCCUGUUUUCAAGUGCUAUCUUGAUCACACUGCUGUUGCAGUUAAAGUCCUGCGCCCGGAUGCUACCCAAGGAAGGUCACAAUUUCAGCAAGAGGUUGAAGUGUUAAGCUGUAUGAGGCAUCCACAUAUGGUACUGCUGCUAGGGGCUUGUCCUGAAUAUGGUUGUUUGGUGUAUGAAUACAUGGCUAAUGGUAGCUUAGAAGAUCGCCUUUUUCUACGAGGAAAUACACCUCCUCUACCAUGGCAACUGAGAUUUAGAAUUGCAGCAGAGAUUGCUACAGGCCUGCUCUUCCUUCAUAGAACUAAACCUGAGCCAAUAGUCCACCGCGACCUUAAGCCAGCCAACAUUCUACUUGAUCAUAACUUUGUCAGCAAGAUUGGCGACGUGGGAUUGGCAAGACUAGUCCCUCCAUCAGUCGCAGAUGAUGUGACACAAUACAGAAUGACAUCCGCAGCAGGGACAUUUUGCUAUAUAGAUCCAGAAUAUCAACAGACAGGAAUGCUGGGAGUGAAAUCUGAUGUGUACUCCUUCGCAAUCAUACUUCUGCAGCUCAUAACUGCAAAAGCAGCAAUGGGAUUGACUCAUUCUGUCCAACGGGCAAUAGAUAAUGGAAAAUUUGAAGACAUACUUGAUCCUAAAGUGCCUGAUUGGCCAGUCGAAGAAGCAAUGGUCAUUGCGAAAUUAGGGCUCCAAUGUGCCGAACUGAGGCGAAAAGAUAGGCCUGAUCUUGACACUGUUGUGCUGCCUCAGUUGAAUAGAUUGAGAGAACUUGCAGAUGAAAGCCUAAGUCGUCGCUUGUUGGGCGGGUAA